AUGUCUUCCGCAGCCACCCAACAGGCCCAGCCUGCUCAGAAGGGCCCUCAAACCGAUCUUCAAAGUACCUACACCAACUACAAGAACACCCUCCAGCAGAUCGCGCAAAGAAUAGGCGAUAUCGAGCAGGAGGCUGAAGAACACAAGCUUGUUCUUGAAACUCUAGAACCCCUCCCGGGGGACCGAAAAUGCUUCCGUUUGAUCAACGGCGUGCUUGUUGAGAGGACCGUCAAGGAUGUUAUACCAGCGGUCAAGACCAACCAAGAAGGCUUGAGACAGGUCCUUGAUGACAUGGUUAAGCAGUACAAGACAAAACAAGAUGAGCUGGACAAGUGGAAGAAAAAGAACAAUGUACAGGUAGUCCGGCAGUGA